CUAAGGAAAUAUGGCGUCAGACUCAGCAAUCAAACCUAGAAGAUAUAGUUAGCCUGGGAAGCAGCGCCAGUGACUAUGAGAAAACUACCCAAGAGUUAAUGUAUUUCAAGGACAACUCAACCGAUGAUGAAUAUGUGGCAAGACUCUCCGUCUUUUAUAUCGUACAAGAGACCGGCAUUCACAGGGUCACUGUUAAAGGAAGGGAUGGCACUCAGGUCUACAUAAACGCAACAGGGGGAACAUUGGUUGACCCAAGUGCAUAUGUAGUCAGAUGUCUGUACACCUGUAACAGUUACCACCAUAAAGUAUCCGAAGACCUAAGUUUCACCAAGGGCCAACUCAUCUAUAUGGAAAUGGUAUGCAGGCAUUCAAGUAAAGAAUCAUUCUGCGGUGCAAUGAUAACGAGAGAUGUCUCUACAACAACAGCAGACUCAACCUCGGAAGUGAAGCAGGAAAAAAAGAGAAUACAUGUCAGCUCAGUAGAAACGGUCAACAUUCAGAAAUUGAAAUUAAAGAGUUCAUUUGGCCAGAGUUCCUUCAGUCCGACUGUUGUAACUUUGGAUCUCGGAAACAUUGAUCCGACAGCCAAGUUCAAACUGACCUUAUUUGGUUAUUCCUCUGAUUGGAUUGUUUCAACGGCAGCGGCCGCAGUUAUACAGACAACACUGAACAAAAUGCCACUGAUGGAGGGUAAAAUUUCUGUAACUGAAAGGACAUCAACUACUGUGAAUGCCAAGUUUGACAUCACUUUUGACCUGGAUAUGGGAAAUAUACCUGUAACCUCCAUUCAGACUGCGACUGACAAAAGUCAGUUAACAGCCUCGAUCAGUGAAGGUACAGCUGGAGUCGCAGGUCUUGGAAACCUCAACCUACAACUGGGGGAGAAUAUUCUCGCACCACCUAUUCCUACCCCAAUAACAGCAGAUAAGAUCCAGACAGCUUUGAGAACUGCCAUAGGUGCAAUAUGUCCAAAGGAAUUCAAUCAGCAGGAAGCAGCAAGGCUCCUGGAAGACUUUGAAUCAGCACAAGGCUUAACGUGUGGCGAUACAUUGGACACAACAGUAGAUGCUUUCUGUGGUCGGAGCUCCCUGAAAAACCCAAGUUGCAUCUUCAAACGACAAACAAGGCAGGCUUUCUCUGCAGAUCUAAAGAUGUGCUUUGCCUACAAAGGGAACAUGUCUGACAAUUUUAAAUCUGUGUGCCUGGAAAGCAGUGGUUCAAAUCGGACUGUCUUUACACCAACCCACCUCUCCACCAUUGAAAGCUGGAACUACACCUGUGUGACUUUGAGUGAUUUGGUAUCUACAGAAUGUACACAUGUGGUCAGUGUAGAAUUUCAUGGUUACCAGGGAGACCGCUGGAUAGAUGCUUUUAUGGUAACCGAAAACACAGACUUCUUUAAUAACGGACCAGAAAAUGUGAUGAACCAGAUACGGCCGCAACCAAGACUUGGGUCAGGAGAGGGACAACUUGUCGGAGAUGUUAGUGUGGUAAAGGAAGUUGAUCAGGAUGGUAGUGACGCCUUUCUGAUAACAAUCGUACCACAGGAAUGUGGAUAUGCCAUACCUCAAAUCAAGCCUUAUGGUUCGCAAGCAAAUGCAGAUGGAGACUUCCAAGUAGGACCAAAUGGUUUGGUAGAAUGCACAACAACUACAUCCGCUAACCCACCUGUAACUGGAUCAGUCACGCUCGGAUUCAUGGGAAAGAGUAUAACUGUAAUGGCCGAUGCAUCUGCAGAUCAAAUCCAACAAGAUUUUCAAAAUAAAGGUGAAUUUGUGAGUGUGGAUCACACUGGCAACUGCUCUGACUUCCAAUGGGAUAUUACAUGGACCAAUCGUAUGGGUAACCAGCCCGAGAUGACUCUGGAGGCCAACAAUUUAGCUGGGAAUGGUGUCAGCAUUACUCUUGAGACCAUUGUGAAUGGAUCCACUAGUCAGGAGAUUGGACGUGAUCUGACAAGAACAGCACAUAGUGGAAUACAGGUGAAAGGUUUUAUCAACAAUAUCCCAACAGCCUGUGAUCAGGAUUGCUCUUUCACCUAUUCUGAAUCAGCCACCCCGGUUGUUACUGAGAUCAGUCCAUUACAAGGACCUCCAAGUACUGUUUUAACACUGAAGGGUACAGGGUUCACAUCCACCCCUACAGUGUUGACUGGGGAUGUCCUGUGUAGCAUAACCUCUUACACAUCAACACAGAUCCAAUGCAGUGUUGGCGAUGGACCGUCGGGACCUGCCGAUGUCAGUACCCAUAUAGAAGGGACUGGAAUUGCUACGAUGGACACUUCUGAUCAGUUUACCAUCACUGCUAGCUUGCAGUCUUUCUCUCCGACAUCAGGAAGUCUCGGAGGAGGAACACACUUGACGAUCACUGGCUUUGGAUUUGCUGCGGAUGCGACGGUUACAGUAGGAGCAAAUACCUGCGAAGUAUCUGGGACAAUUAAACCCCGGGAGAUUGUCUGCAUCUCACCUAGUUCGGAUACAGCCGCUUCAGUUGUUGUUAGUGUAAACAAUAAUAAUGUGGCGUUGACGCUAGGACAACAAUUCACCUACGAUCAAUCUCUGACUGCUGAACUGACUUCUGUAUCCCCUUCCAUCUCUAGUGUGACAGGUGGUGAAAGAUUUACCAUGACUGGUGCUGGCUUUGGAUCAUCGCCAUCAGUUUUAGUUGGGGACAUGCCAGCGACAAUAGUUGAGAAUACAGACACAUCAAUUACUGCUGUCUUCCCAGCACAGGGAGUAGGAGCCUACCCAUUUAAAGUUGGAGUCGACACCAAGGGAUACGCAGUUGGAUCUGGUGUGCCAGAUGCCAGCUACAUAUUGGCUUUGAACGCCAUUUCUCCAGACCACGGGUCAUUGUAUGGAGGGACAGUUGUGACCUUUGUUGGUCAAGGUUUUGGUAUGGAUGCCUCUGCAGUUGAUAUACGCUUCGGCUCUACUCCUUGUGAUGUGAUUAGUGUAUCGGACACCCAGUGCAUAUGUCAAAUUCAAGAAAUAUUCCAAACUCACAACGUGGACAACUCUGGAUAUUCAAGCAACUUUGGGUUUGGAUUUGCCUGGAACUCUCCAGAUUUGAAUGUGGAAGUUUGGGACAAGAUUGCGUUUUCAUGGACAGGAAAUACAAAUGAUAUCAAAAUAAAAAUCAGCGAGAUCGAUGGACCAAGUGGUGACAAACUCGAUGGAGGCUGGGACAGCAUAACUCCACUUCAAACAGGACAAUAUGAAAUCAGGAUUCCUGAAGCAGGAGAAUACUGGUACCGAAGUAGUGAUGAUUCCGAUAAAGUAUUUGAGGGGAAAAUAACAGCAGUAGACAAGCAACCGGCCAAAGUAGAUAUUAUGUUCAAAGUUAACAACUUUGAAGCCACUUACAACAUCAAUUCAGGUGUUUCAGUGCCAGCUGAUUCAGGAAGCUGCGGAAAAGUAACGUCACCAAAAACAGGAUGUAGUGUGGGGACAGUCUCUGGUGGUAGCAGCGAUAAGUUCAAUUUCGUGUACUCCGAUUGCUAUUCUGGGGAGGUAACUGGGAUGACAUGCGACAAAGACAUGGUUUCCUUAACAGGAAGUGGAUGGAGCGUUACACCAUGCCAGAAUCUUAUCUUAGUUGGCGACAAUCCAUGUGUUGUCCAAACUGUUACAGCAACCCAAAUCAGUUGUAAGAUUGACACCACAUCUCCGGCUGAAAUGCAGACUUCAGUAAAACAUGGAGUAUCCAUGAUGGUGGCAGGGCAAGGUGCCUCCUUGCUCAAAUUUAGAGACCAGACCUGUUUCCUUCAGCCAUUUGUUCGACAGUUAUCCCCUGUAUCUGUUUCUUCAGUAGGUGGAGCCACUAUGACUGUCAGUGGUGCUGGACUUUCUAAUGCCCGCGUAAUGAUUAAUGGAUAUUCACGUAAAGCGCUUACUCAGACAUAUACAGAAAUAGUAUUUACGGCCCCAGCAGGCAGUGUUGGAAGCCCAGUAGCAGUGGAAGUGCUCGAAAAUGUCAAUAAUUAUAAAAUACCCUGUGAAAAUUGUGAAUACUUCUACACUGACAAUCUGCAAGUUACAAGCGUCACACCGACCAGUGUAGAUGGAUCAUCGCGGACAACAUUUACCAUCAAUGGACUCGGUUUCCCCGUUACAGGCGAUUCUACUUUGACCGUCAAAUUCGGAUCUGAGGAGUGUGAGAACCCACAGGUUCGUAGCAGUAGUGUAAUUGAAUGCGAGAUACAGUUUUUAUCUCUUGGUGCUCAACCUGUAAACGUAACAGUAUCAGACCUAGGAACUGCUAAAACUACAAGUAGCAUCACUGUAGAAGGAGUACCUAUGCUUAACAGUGUAAGCCCAACACAAGGUAGUGAAAAUGGUAAUACCAGCAUCACUUUGAACGGAAAUGGAUUCGUCAUGGAUAACACAGUCGUAACAAUAGGUGGCACCCCAUGUGAUAUUUCCACGGUGACGUUGUCAACAGUUACAUGUUGGACCCGGAGUGGUAGCGGCACUCAAGCGAUUUCAGUCUCUGUGAAGGGUUCACCUUAUACACAACAGUUAGACUACCAGUAUGCUUCAAGUAGAACCCCUGCAGUUACAGCUGUGAACCCCACAUCCGGGACGAUUGGUACCGAGAUAACGGUAACAGGAAGCGGUUUCUCUACAAACAACGGAGAAAACUUAGUUUACGUUGGUGAAGCUGAUUGCAGUGUGACAUCACAGUCUGCUACUGAGAUUGUGUGUACGUCUGGCACACAUCCCGCUGGCGCUGGUUCCGUUGCUUUAUUCAGAUCAGGCUACGGCAAAGCAGUAGGGGAUUUCAGCUUUACCUAUGCGUUGACCCCUUCAACAAUUGAGCCAAAUUCAGGCGGUCUCUCUGGCGGUCAGAAAGUCAGUAUCAACGGUCAAGGAUUUGAUCCAUCAACAUCAGUAACGUUUUGCGGACAGGCAGCUACCUUGGUUUCCGAUGAAACAACCUCAACAAGGCUGGUGGUAGAGACUCCUUCCAAAACAGGUACAGCAACAGUUGCAUGUGACGUAGUUGUAGCUUCUGGAUCACAAAGUGCAACUUUAACAUACACCUACGUAGCUGGUCUCACUGCAGAAAUUACAUCCGUCAGCCCAAAACAUGGAGGUACGGCCGGAGGAACACAUCUGACAAUCACAGGCACUGGUUUUGGAACUGGACUGGGAGGUAUAGCUGGAGUGUCUAUAGGAGGUGUGGCAUGUGUCGUCCAAUCAGUGACAGAUACAGAGGUCAGCUGUAUUACAGGUGAAAGGCAGGGCUCCAUCGGUACAGUGGUGGACCUAAGGACAACUACAGGGGGUAAAGCAAUACAGACAAAUGCUGGUUUCAAUUACUACGAUGUCUGGAGUUCUGAGCAUUCCUGGGGUGGUAAUGGUAAGCCUGUGGCGGAAGAUUUUGUAGUUAUUCCCGAAGGUCAAACAAUUCUACUGGACGAGACAACGCCAGUCCUUAAAAUGCUUCUCAUCCAGGGUGGAACUUUAAUCUUUGAUGAAAAGAACAUAGAGUUAAAUGCAGAAUAUAUCUUGGUAACAAACAAUGGAACAUUUCAGAUUGGAACUGAAGAGGAACCAUUCCAGAGCAAAGCUUUCAUUACUCUCCAUGGUCAUACACUUUCAACUGAGUUACCAAUCUAUGGUAAUAAAGUGCUGGCAGUUCGGUCCGGAAGAUUGGAACUACAUGGAAUGCCUUUAGAAAGGACCUGGACAUUACUGGGCCAAACUGCAGAAGAAGGUGAUAGCACAGUGCUUCUUGAACAAAUUCUUGGUGCGAAAGUAGGUGAUGAAAUUGUCAUAGCAACAACUGGACAUCGUCAUUCACAAGGAGAAACAGAGGUCAGGACUGUUACCGCUGUGUCAGCUGAUGGGCUCUCAUUGACUCUAAGUGAACCCCUGAAAUACAAACAUCUGGGUGUGACUUCAACAAUUGGAAGCAGACAACUAGAGGGCAGAGCAGAGGUCGGUUUACUCACUCGAAACAUUGUCGUGAGGGGCAGCCGAGAUAUAUCAUGGGCUGAAGAGAUUGAGGCCUGCCCUGAAGGCUUUGAUACAGGGGAGUUUGCUACCCAGACCUGUUUCCAGGGACGCUUUGGAGACGAAACUGGAAGUGACCAAUUUGGCGCACAUGUUAUGAUGCACACUGAAAAUGCAAGAGCUAAAAUUGGGUAUGUCGAGUUUACAUACGUUGGACAAGCUUUCCGACUGGGUCGUUAUCCAAUUCAUUUCCAUCUGGUAGGAAAUCAGGAAGGCUGUUACGUAAAAGGUGCAGCUAUCCACGAAACAUUUAAUCGUGCUUUGAACAUUCAUGGAACUCACAAUGUACUGGUUGAAGGAAAUGUGGCUUACAAUGUCAUGGGAGGAUCCUUUUUUCUGGAGGAUGGUGUGGAAACAGGAAAUGAAUAUUAUUAUAAUCUCGCCUUAUUUGUAAAAGCCAGUUCUAGCCUACUUAAUGAUGACGUCACGCCAGCUGCUUUCUGGGCGACCAAUCCUAAUAACACCUAUGUGGGCAACCAUGUUGCAGGUGGAACACAUUUCGGUUGGUGGUAUAGACUUCUUAAGCAUCCAGAAGGACCAUCAUCAGACCAAAACAUAGUACCUGAAAAUAUACCGUAUGGCCCCCAUAUUAAUAACACUGCUCACUCAUUGGGUUGGUUUGGACUUUGGAUUUUUGAGUUUUCAUUUCCUCAUAAAAAUGGAGAUCCCAAUGAUGCGCCUGAGCCUGCUCAUUUCAAUAAUAUGGUAGUAUGGAAUUGUGAAAAAGGCAUAGAGUUUGUUAUAAUGGGAUCGUUUGAUGUUGAAAAUGUUCUUUUGGUUAACAAUAAACUGGCAGGAUUUGAGGGGAAAUUCCUAAAAGGGCACCAAGAUGGAAGCAUGCAUCGAGUAAGAGACUCUACUAUAGCUGCCUGGAGUGAAGGUAUUCCACCAGUUGAGUCGACGGAUGGCCUUACCAGCGGGGUAGUCUUCAGCUAUGGAUCAGUACUGGAGAUCAAGUCCACAGCUUUUUACAAUUAUGAUCAGUCGCCACGUGUGGUAUUCUCCUUUACCAAAAUUCAGGGAACAUGCAUACAUAAUUGUGGUGGAUACAACUACCACUUAAGCCAGAUAACCCGCAUUAAUUCUCCAAGGAUAAGUUGGUUCGACUGGAACCAUCAAGGAGUAUUUUAUGACUUAGAUGGGUCAUUGACUGGCACGGCUGGAAACAAGGUUGUUCCUGCAACUGGUAUUCUUCCUCAAACCUGUUCUCGCGCUCCAGAUGGAUACAACCAUGGUGAGGUGGAUGCUGCAAUAUGUCCUGCGUCGACGGAAUUUGGAGGCAUGUCAUUUAACAACGUAAUCCCGGACAGCACUUUUGGGACGAACGCAAUUGCUGUGAAUCAAAACGGCAAUGCAUCAGUGCCUUAUGAAUUCAAGAGACUGAAUCAUCCAAAAGGCUGGAUGUGGAUGUUUCCGGUGAACACAUCGUAUUUUCUCGAUUUUGAAAAUUUACCACAAAUAACCAACAUAAGCUAUGAUGGCAGCUUUUUAUCCAUAAAGAAUAACACAUACGUGAUCAUUUGUCACCGUCUUACCAGUAAACCAGAUAUGUUCUUCUACUAUGCUGGUAUGGGGAUGGAAGACACCUGGCCGGCGACUGUGGACAAAUUAGAUGGCUCUAAGGUUGGCAAUAAGCAGUUUGAUGGUGAUUGGCAUUUUGAUGAAAUCGAAAAGGAAUUUUGUUAUCUUGUGAGUGGUGCAAAGAACUACAGUAGACCUGUACAAACAAAGGGCACAGAAGUCAUUGUCAGCAUCAACGCAUUUAAGUGUGAACUCGAAGGCUGUGUCUAUAAAGACCCUAACAGCAUUCCCCGUGUGUGUUCUUCAACAAACGCGGUGAAGUGGUCAACGUAUGAUUGGUCGACUGUAUCGCAGGAAAACUGCCCAAGAUGGGAAGAUUCGGAAUGUAAAUCUCCACGCAAUGGCGACAAUGUCAUUAUUCCAUCAGGUGUUUGGAUGGAGUUGGAUGAAAGCCCCCCGGAAUUUAAUGAAUUAAUUAUAUAUGGUACCUUACAAGUUCCGCAAGGAGCCAUGGGGAUUAGGAUCACAGCGACCUACAUUUACAUAUUCAAAGGGCAGCUGCUUGUCGGAUGUGAUAUGGACAAUCCUUUUGAUGGAUCUGUUGUCAUAAGCCUUAGAGGAAACCACUCCACACCCGAGUUUGUACCCCGUUUGAAUCACAGAACAGCUACUAUCGGAUCAAAGGUUAUCGCUGUGUUUGGAACACUCAUGUUGAACGGACUUCCGAUGACACAUACCUGGACCAGACUUGCUGCAUCGGCAGAUGUUGGUUCUAACACACUCAGACUAAACACUGCUGUCGACUGGAAAGUAGGGGAUGAGGUUGUUGUUUCAGCAACUGGUUACAACCCUGAUGAAUCAGAAUAUGGGGUGAUAUCUGCGACCCAGACGUAUAAUGAUCAGAAUGGAGAACCAGAUUAUACAGUUCUGACUAUGCAGGAUGCAUUUAAGUUUCCCCAUACUUAUUCACACGAGAAAUUUUCCAAUGGGCAGUGGUACACAAUGACUGCUGAAGUGGGUCUGAUAACACGGAAUAUCAAGGUCGAAGGAGAGUUUUAUGAUAACCAGCAGAGAGAAGAGUUUGGAGGACGUAUACAUGUUGGUGGAGUGGAUGCGGAUGGCGAAUAUAUUGUUGGAUCAGCGUUGAUAUCUUAUGUACAAUUUGAACGCAUGGGCCAAUUUGGAUACACAAGCCCAUACGACGGACGCCAAGGGCUUGUAUGUAAAGGCCUUUUGGAUGCUGCAAGUGAAGAAAAACCUAGUUAUGUGGUUGGAAGCAGUUUUAAAGAGAGUUACAGUUCCUCCUUUGUGGCAAUAGAUGUGGAUAACAUGCCUUUCGAGAGGAAUGUAGUAUCUGGAAGUGUUGGACCAGGCAUUCUAUCCACAGCAACUCAUACAAAAGUCAUUGGCAAUAUGGUAUUAGGAUUUAAAUUCCCUGGAAGCUACAAUGGCCGAUACGAAGCUUCUAACUCCCUAAUAGAUGCUGCUGUACAUCUUUCUGGUGCAGAUGCAGAGUUUUCUGGGAAUGCCAUUUCAGGAUCAGAAAGAGCUUGCUGGACUGGACUUCCUGAACCUCAGGUGAAAUCAGUCCCAUAUUGGUCAGACAACGGAUGUCACUCUUCCUUAUUUGGGAUUGUGGUUUUCAUGGGCACCGUUGACUCCUGGCCAACAGCACCAGUCCAGAUUUCAGAUUUCACCUUGUUUAAAAAUGCAUUGUAUGGGAUCUACUUCAUCACACCACUGAGUGUAAAAUUUAACAAAGUGAAAUCAAUCGAUAAUGGCAUUGGUUUAUAUUCCUUUGCUGUUGGACCUCCAGCUUUGGCCCACGAAUACGACUUGGAGAAAUAUGUGAAAAUAGAGAAUAGCCUUUUUGUGGGCCACUCAGCCGGUUUUGACAGUGAAAGAGAUGUCAUCAAUACCAAUACACCUUAUUAUCGGAUAUCGUCGGAAGGCACAGCACCCGGAAACAGAGAUGGAUUUGUCGGUGUCUUUAUCCCCUCUGCCACUAGUACAACAAAUGAGGCUCCUUAUAAACCGCUGAAUCAAAUCAUGGCCUAUAAUUCGAUUGCUUUAAAAUCAGAAUUAACCAACUGCAGCUUUUUUCAUUGGAACGCGAACAGAGUCGCUGGCCAAAAUCCAGCUGCAGUUUCUGCUCCUCUAGGUAACGAUGAUUUCAUCCAUCCACUGACAUGUAAGGAAAAUUACCUGGAGGAUGUGGACGAUAACAGCAGACUGAAGAUAUUGCCUCCGAGUUUGGGGAAAAUCAAUCCAUCUGAUUGUGUAGAUAUGGUGUGUGACGGCUACAGAACUAUGCUUAUCAUUGAUGAAGAUGGUUCCUUUGGUGGGCGAUCUGUACCAUCAGAAUUUUUUCCAUAUGAAGAUGUUUACAACGGAGAUUCGCGUUAUGGUAUUGGGGAUUACAGAAUUCCAACACCUAUGCUGUCCUUUCCCAAUGGUUCAAAGAUACAACCUAGUAGUCUGUAUCACCAUCAAGGCAUUACACGAGGUGGCUCCUGUGAAAAAAAUGAGGUUUCUCGAUAUUGGAACUGUACCAAACUUGACCACGAGCUUGUCAUGUUUGAGAGUAUGGACAGUGAUACGGAAACUCGGCAACUAUCUCCUGUGGCCUCUCUUUCCUGUAUCAAUAACAACGAUUGCUACAUUAACCUGGUAAAUGGGCCACAAGAUCAUGGCUGGUGCUCUGGAUACACCUGCAGGUUACGCUUAUCCUUGUUUCCUUUAAUUUUGGAUAAAAACGUUUUCAACCAGGUUUACUUUACUUCAACAUCGAUGCAACAUCUACGUAUUCACAUGCCUACAUCUGACCCAAAUGAGAAAGUUGGACUUGCAGUGUAUUACUCCUUCACUAACAGCUUGGAUGUGUAUUACAAUGACGUUCUUGUACCUCCGAAAAAUAGCAAAAUUGAAAACGGAAUCACCGUCUUUGAUUAUCCUUCUGACUAUCCUGAAGGGCAUUUCAGUCCUGAUUUGGAAACUGAUGCCUGUGGCACAAAUUUUCUGGAUGGGAGCAUCAUGGAACUUAAAGCAUGCGGAAAAGGUAGGAUUGAUGUAAUAAUGCGAGAGACUGUAAUCCUCGGCACCACUUCUAUAACUGUGGAUGAAUUUUUCGGAGAGAAGAUAGUUUCUAACUUGGCAACUUUCCUCAAGAUAGAUGAAAGCAAAAUUCGCAUUGUUGAUGUCCAAAAUGGUGCAUCUAAGAGAAAAAAGCGCUCUGUUGGAACAACCACCUAUUACCUUGAAAUUUCCGACGGCCCUUGUGCUGAUGUAUCCUGUACAGGCCAAACAACCACAAUGACAUAUACUGACCUGAUGACCAUAGCAAGUGACAUUCUCAACGCUUUCCAGAAUGGCGUCUUUUCCUCGGCUAUGAACCUCACUAUCAAUGGACUGAGUAUUACUGAGGCUGUACCUCCCAUAGAUGAUUCUCACUGGCAGACCUUUGUUGAUUCCCCGUCUACCGAGCGUGCUGUACAGGUUUUAGACUCGUUGACUUUUUACAACACCAUUACUCCAGGCGCCGAGGGAAAUGUUUUCGUGCAGCAGCCGAAACUUCACUUCACUGAUACUACCGGAGCACACGUUUCAAACCUGGGUGUAGCUUCAAUACCAUGGAAAGUUCAGGCCGUUUUGAGGUCGGGUUCUGGAUCAAACAUCUUGGCGACCUUGGCAGGAAACACAACUGUUGACUUUGUUGAUGGCUGGGCAAACUUCUCAGACCUUUCCCUAAGUCAUAGUGGCUCUGGAUUUAUCAUUGACUUCAACAUCAUAUUCCCGGAGUCAAAUUUCACUUCAGAAUCUGAGCCACUGGUCGUGCCCUUACGACCAUUCAAAGUCGAUUUGGCAUAUACUGCUGGAAACGCCUACACUGGCAACGCACAUGAGCUCAGGUUCAAGGUUGUUGAUACCACUACCAACUCGAAGGUGGACAACUUGGUUUGGAAUGGUGGAGUGUGGUCUGCCGUGGUGACUGCGUCCGGUACAAGUGGUUACAGUGGAACUCUCAGCGGGACGACAUCUGCAACAUUCAGCCCUAGUACAAGCGAGGUGACCUUUAAUGACCUAGUUUUCGACUCUGCCGGUAUCCAGGUCUUUACCAUCAUCGUCACCUCGACGACCGGCUACAAUCUCACCAUGGAGAAGGAGGUCAUCAUCAUGAGUUCUGCUCUACAGUCCGUGGUCCCUGAUGUAACCCAAUUGUUGACCGUCAAGUACGACAUUGAUUACACUUUAUAUGGAAAUCUGGAUUUCGCAGCUGGAGUAUUCCUGAAUGUGAUGAUGGCACGGCACCCUCUUAUUGCAUUUUCUGGUCUGACUGUUACCCAAGGAAGCGUUGUGAUCUCUGUAACCGUCUCGGGUAACAUGACCACAGUGACGGACGUUCUGGAUGGUGUCUGCAGCAACAUCUCCUCGGGAUCAACCUUUACUUACAACGGCGCCACAUUUGCUUUGUCCUCAACAAUGACUGUUGACGGCCAACAAUACUAUGGAGUCAACUGUGAGAAAAAGUCGCAGGAGGCAGAUGAUUCGGAUGAUAUUAACGCAGGGCUGAUCAUCGCCCUAGUCAUCUCACUAGUGGCAGUUGUUGUCCUGAUUGGAAUCGCCGUCUUUUGGAAACUCAAAAUCGUUCCCAAGACAAAGACACAUAAACUUACCACAAAAGAGGAUGAGAUCAAGUAUAUGGGUACACAUUCCCCAGUGGAGGACAUCCUGUGGCGUGAACAGUCCUUCAUGAGCAUCCGUGAGAAAGGUCUCCCUGAUCGACCAAUGCCUGGCUUGAGCACACAUCUCGGCGGUCGCACCACACCCAUGUAUUGACCUUGACCUUCAGCAUACACGCAAACAUGAACUUGACCUUCAGCACGCACGCAAACACAAAAUUGCCAUUUAGCACGCACCCAAACAUGAACAUGACCUUCGGAACACACGCAAACAUAAACUUGACCUUCAGCAUGCACCCCAAAAAAUGUUAAUGAAUUUUCUUAAGAAUAUAUAAUAUCAAGAACAGUCUAAUCAAAUACAUAACAGCAGUCAAAUUAAAACAUUAAAUUACUUAUAAUAUUUCCUUUCUAUGCAUGCAAACUAUUGCUGACAUUACAUACAUUUUCUUUUACAAAACUCACAUUUCUAAGAAAUACUAUUACAUGCAUUUCAGAAUUUAAAGCACAUAACUUACUUACAUAUAACUAAUACUGCAUACGUACAGAGAUGUUUACACAAGGAAAGAAGACAGCAAGUGGUUCUAUUAACAAUGAACACAGACAACCAGUUAUAUAUUUUUCGUUGCGAUGGAAAUUACCAAAACUUCAAACUUCUUACGACACUAAGUGUUAAUAUGUGAUAUUUUACUUUAUCCAUCUUUGUUUUGUUUUGCUGUUGUUAAAGAUUGGCAUUCGUAUAUAAAAAACCUAUAUAAAUAUUAUAUUUUUAUCAUAGCAAUGUGAUAUUUUUAGUUAAGAUAACUUUGACGUUGUAUAAAUGAUGAUUUGCACAUAGUUGCAUCAAAUAUUAAAAUUCAAGUUGUGUAAUUGAUGUUUUCAGUACUUUUGAUAUAUAGUUUUAUUCAAUUGUUAAAUUCACAAUGACAUCAUUUGUUGUUGAAAAAUGCGUUUUGACUUGACAAAUUUUCAUUUGAUAUAACUGUGAUCAUAUUGACAAAUUCACAAUAUACAGAAGAUUCAUGUUCGACUUGAACUUAAUGAGAGGACGCUAUUGUCUUCUGUUAUUAAGUAUAUGAUAGCUGAACAAAUACAUUUAUAUGUUUUGAUUUUUUAUACCACUUAUAUUUUAUAUCUUUAUAUUGAAUGACAAAUUUCCGUCAAGGGGAAGCUGUUUUAAGCUCGGAGGAAAAUUUGUUGUAGUUUGAGUUUUAAAACCCUAAUUGUUAUUCACACUCUGUUAAAUGCCAUGGCCCGGGAUUCUCAUAAUUCUCAAAACGCUGUACACAUGUACGGUGUAUGAUUUUCUCCUUGCUUAUUUUAAUAUUUUUUAUUUUGAUAUUAAAUGAAAGUUAUUUUUAUUAUAACCAAAGGAAACAAAUUUGUUGUUUUUUAAUCAAUACAUAUUCAUACUAACCUGAACGAAACUUUUAUGAUAACGAUGCUUUCACCAUUAUAAAACUGGGAACAUUUACAAACUCUGAAAAGGAGAAAAAAUGACAAGAUUUUCAUAUGUUUUGUUAAGUUUGUAUGUAUUUUUAGGAUUUCACUUCAAUGCGUUAUUACAUAUGGUUCAACCUGAGCUGAACACGUGAUUUUGACGUCAUGAUGACUACGCAUAUGAUGGUUGCAUGGUAAUAGUAAGCCACAUCAUUGGUUUAAGAUCAAUCCAUAUUAAAUGGCUUAUUUCAAAGCAUGUUAUGACAAAAUUGUAUUGCGUGAAGCCGGAUUCCCUUUUUAUCAAGCUGUGUCUGUGAUACUUUUAUAUUAAUUUUUUGUUUGUAUUUAAUAAAGCAUUAUUUUCAAUCUUU